CACAACGCUACACAACGCUACACAACGCCACUCGACACGCUGCACUCGCUGCACGACGCUGCGCUUGAUAACCUGCCUAUCUUACGCAAACAUGAGUACGCCGCAUCUUAGCUUGCCCACGAUCAAGGAAGCCGCCGAAAGACUGGAAUGAUAUCAAAUCUAGCAAGCACCUUGGCAUGCCUGAUUACUUCAAGGACCUGUAUGUUCGGGUCAGCAUGACCGAUGCCGUGCUCGUGUCGACGAAUGGCAAGGUCGCUGAUAUCUACAUAGAAGCUGCUGAAAUGAUCACAGAGCUGCGCCAGGAAAUCGCGCAGGUCAAGGAGCGUCUAGAGUCGUCGCACCACGCAUCAACAUCAAACACUGGAUGAUGACUACUGGACGUGGACGAGGACGAGGACUACUUUGUAGUGCUGAAGAACGUCACUAAGAUUGAUGCGGCGGCGGCGGAGCUGGGCGACUUCUCUUGGCUGCCGGGGCUGGCGCUCGAGGACGGCGUGCUGACCUUCGUGCGCACCCUGAGCGUGGCGUGCGGUUUCUGCAGCCUGGUCGUGCAGGUCGUAAAGGAGAAGCGGGAAGGGUUGCGCAAGCUUGCUAAGGUGUGGGCAAAGAAGAAGAACGUGGUGAUGGUCCCGUAUCUGUCACGCCCAAGCAUGCUACUGCGGCAAGAGAGGACGGCCAUAUACAAGGGGCUGGCUGAGGCAGGAGCGGGGCCGAAGUGGACGGGCUCUGCUGACAUUGAGUACUUGAACGGUGAAGGCGAGCGAGUGUUGUUCCAAUUUUGAUCGUGAGGGCAGGGAUUAGGUGCUGCGUUUUGGGCGGCGGACGGCUGUGAUCGAGGCGGCGGAACAUAACCACACAACGCACAUAACUUGCGACACAACGAUGCACACAACGCACACAACGAACAUAAUUUGCGACACAACGCACACAACUGAUUGUUUCUUUUCUCCCACUACUUUUGUGGACUGCUAUGACAUUUUGGUGUUCAAGAGGCGAGGGGCCCUAGCGGCUCGGUUAGUCUCGUUGCAGGGUCCGUGAUGACCACACAUCCACCUGUAACAACAUCUUCAUC